GUCUUUCCAGGUCGUAUGGGUAGGAAGUCAGAGGUAACACAACUGCUCACACAUGUGUUUUGAAGGACUGUAUACUAUUAUUAGAUGAUGCAGUUCUUACAACGGGUGGGAGUUUAUUCCAACCCACUUCACCUCUAUAUAAGUAUAAGCAAAUACGUAUCUGGUUUGUGUCCUUCCGUUUCGGUCAUUACUCAUUUCUAUUUGUUACCUUUCGUCCGAGAUAUUUUGAAUAUCGCACCCGGUUGUGUGCGUGUACUCACAUUGCAUAAAGUCACUUGUAACGAUGUAGUCGAACGGUUUAUUACCAAUAUCCCAUUGACACAUACAGUACGUCAGAGAUUCUUCUUUUCUUCAAUUCACAGAGUGCCGAAUAUCAGGGUACAUCGAAUUCAAUGGAGUUUGCUACAAAGACUUCGCUGUUGCUUCGACGUACGUUGAGGCUGUACAGAGGUGUGCGGAGGACGGGGCAAUGUUAGCCAUGCCGAGGGACAACGAGACCAACGCGUUUAUCCACGGUUUGAUGACCGGGUAUGCACGCUGGAUCGGCCUCACUGACUCCGCCAACGAAGGUGACUGGGUAUUCCAGGACGGCGGUACUUUAGCGUCAGCCGGUUAUUCCAACUGGAACCCCGGUGAGCCGAACAACGCAGCGAACGAUCCCAACGUGGAGGAGGACUGUGCCAGGAUGAGACAAGUGAACUCCAAAUGGAACGAUGCUGUGUGUAGCACCACAGCGCCAGGCUUCGUCUGUCAGUUAGAUGCAACUCAGCAAACUACUCAGGUACCCACGACAACUGGGCCUCGGUACACUACGGACCAAACGACACAACGGACAACCCUCCCAGGAACAACUACCAGUCGGACAACACAACGGCCAACGCUUCCAGGAACAACUGGUUCUCAGUACACUACCAGUCAUACAACACAACGAUCAACUAUUCCAGAAGCAACUGGUUCUCAGUACACUACCAGUCAGGCGGCACAACGGCCAACUCUUCCAGGAACAACCGUUGUUUCUCAGCAGACCACUAACCAGACGACAGGACUAGCAGGAGGGGAGACCGCUAAAUCUAUCGGUUCGUGGUACAACACGCCGCUCAACCUCGCCCUGGUCUGUGUAGGCUGUGCUGCAGGCAUCAUCGGUGUGGGGGGCGUGUUGAUGUACUACUACAACAGACGACAAAGAAGACGGCAAGUGGCUCAAGAUCCGCAGGAUGGAGGCGAAGAAUAGCAAAUUCACCCACAAGGCAAAUGUGAUAGAACGUUUGUAACUUUGAGAACGUGGACAAAGCAAGCAGAAUAUUUCACUUUUGGUUGUACAGUGUGGUAGUUUAUACUAGUUGUAGCACAUAUACAUUAUAGACAUCCUGUAUUCAUUCUGUACUCCACAUUGAAUUUUAUCUAUUUUUGGAUUUGUUAAUUGGUUGAUCAUGUCAAUCUGUACUUCAAUUUUCUUGAUUCAUGCAUGUUUUAUGUAGACGCUCUUCCUCCCAAUGGAGUACUGUUUUACAGUUGUGUUUGUGGGUUAGCACGUACAAAUCACGAUCCUUCUGGUCUUGUUUGAAAUUUGAUUUGUGGUAUUCACGUCGUGAUGAAACAUGGCUAUUUGGAGCAUUGUAUCGGCGUUAAAAUGCUUACAAUUCUGCUAUAGUUCUUUUUACAUACAGCUUUGUCAGUUGCCAAAUCUGCAACGAGUAGUCGUGACAGGUUUAGUAUUUAUUAGCAAUCGGUAUUAAAUUGUGUUAUCUAUGUAGUGUAUGUGUUGUAUAUAUUGUAGCUUUUAAGUAAUUAUUGAGUUGUUGUUAUAUUGUAGUGCUGUAUAUAUUGCAGUUAUUAAGUAAUGACGGUGAAAUUGUUGUGUAAUUUCAAUGUACAGGACUUCAGGAAGAGAAUUAAGGAACUGUUGUUUUUUUACUAAUGGAGUGCCUAAUAAACAUAAACAUAAAACGUAAACAUUACUUGCAUUUCUAAUACUUUUGACCCGUUCUGCUACAUAAUUCAUUACUACAAAGCCUUUUAUUGAGUAUAGGA